AAUAGCUUUAUAUUAUCUGAGCAUAAUAACUGUUGUACUACCACUGGAGAAGAAGGUGAUUGUAAGACUGUAGUGUGUCAGCAGUGCACCGCAUUAAGCUUUCUGCACUGCUUGAACCUCUGCUUGGUUUCAUCAUGAGACGGAUUCUGGUGCUGCUCUCUCUGUGUCGCUUUGUGUGGGGAAAUUCAACAUCAUUUCCGACAACAGUGGUAACAGUUACCACUACCACCAAAACCACAGAACUGUCCACCCCACAAACUCUUAGUAAUGUUGAGAGUGUCUCUAUAAUAAAUCGCACUGAAAGGACACUAAAAUUGCAGUGGAACAAGGUUGACAACAAGAAUUACAAUUACACACUAACCUACGAUAGUCAGAACAUCAGUAUCAGUGGAUCAGUUGAUGGUUCUGUAGUGACAUACACGGUCGAAAAUCUUGCUGCUGGGACUAAAUACAAAUUUACACUCUACACUACUUCUGGAAGAUUACAGAGCUCUGGAUUCAGCUUUCCUGCUGUCACUAUUCCCAAUAAUGUUAAAAAAAUUUCUGUGAAGAAUCGCAGUGAGACUGAAUUAAUAUUGGAAUGGGAUAAAGUAAACAACAACAGCAAUUACACUUACACUCUGUGCUACAAUAAUCAGAACAUCAGCAUCAAUGGAUUAGAAGGAGGUUCAGCAGUGUCAUACACAGUACCGGAUCUUGAUGAUGGAACAGAAUACACAUUCAUUCUCUACACUGUAUAUGAAGGUGUUCAGAGCACUGGGUACAUUUUUAAAAGUGUCACUACUCCUCGUCAGGUUGCCAACAUUUCUGUAAAAAAACGAAAUGAGACUGAACUGAUACUGGAAUGGAAAAAAGUAAACAACAACAGCAAUUACACUUACACUCUGUGCUACAAUGGUCAGAAUGUCAGCAUCAAUGGAUCGGGAGAAAGUUCUACAGUUACACACAAAGUCCAAAAUCUUAAUGCUGGGACGAAAUACACCUUCUAUCUCUACACCGUAUUUAAAGAAGUUCAGAGCACUGUGAAAAUUCUUAUCACAGUCACUACUCCUAGUCAGGUUGCAAAGAUUUCUGUGAAGAAUCGCAGUGAGACUGAAUUAAUAUUGGAAUGGGAUAAAGUAAACAACAACAGCAAUUACACUUACACUCUGUGCUACAAUAAUCAGAACGUCAGCAUCAAUGGAUCAGAAGGAGGUUCAGCAGUGUCAUACACAGUACCGGAUCUUGAUGAUGGAACAGAAUACACAUUCAUUCUCUACACUGUAUAUGAAGGUGUUCAGAGCACUGGGUACAUUUUUAAAAGUGUCACUACUCCCCUUAGUGUUACCAACGUUUAUGUAAACAGUUACAAUGAGACUUCAGUAAUAUUGAAAUGGGAUAAAGUGGACAACAACAACAUUUACAAUUACACACUGAGCUACAAUAGUAAAAAUAUCAGUCUCAGUGGAUCAGAAGGAGGUUCUGUAGUGACAUACACAGUCACUGAUCUUACUGCUGGGACUGCAUACAUCUUUACUCUCUACACUGUAUUUAAUGGAGUGGAAAGCAGAGGUUACAACAUUACAAGUCACACUAUUCCAAAUGGUGUUACUGGAUUACACUGUCAGUAUUCAUCAGGGGGAUAUGGUCUAACUCUGGUUUGGGACCCUCCAAAUGGUGGGAGGACAGCUGUACAGGUCAACAUGAGCAGCACAAGCUUUAGUCACACAGGGGAAAGACUAAAAAUUGAUGGACUGAUGCCUGCCCAGUGGUACACCUUUACUGUGUCUGCAUUCUCUGGAUCUAUGCAGAGUGUCUCAGUUUCAAUUACCUGUCAGACUGACCCAAGAGGAGUCAUAGCAGGUGUUCUAACAUCCCUUCUGCUGGUCAUUCUCAUCCUCUGUAUUGGUAUCUUUAUAAGGCAUCACAAGUCAAAAACAUCCAGCAAAUCCAAACUUUCCAGUAAUGAGUACAAACCUAUUCCUCUGAAAAACUUUCCAGGGCACUUUAGUGCCAUGAGUUGUGAUGAGAACCGUGGUUUCAUUGAGGAAUAUGAGGAUUUAAGUACAGUCGGUACAGAUCAGAGUUGUAAAAUUGCUACACUUCCUGUAAACAAGGACAAGAAUCGAUUUAGCAAUGUACAAGCCUAUGAUUCAUCUCGUGUGAAGCUUGCUGAACUUCCUGGUUCUGAUUCAGACUACAUUAAUGCUAACUACAUUCAUGGUUAUGGCAAGAAAAAGAAGCAGUACAUUGCUGCUCAGGGUCCCCUCCCCUCCACUGUCAAUGACUUUUGGAGAAUGGUGUGGGAGCAGAAGUCCUCAGCCAUUGUUAUGCUAACCAACUGUACUGAGGGUGGAAAGAUUAAAUGUGAGCAUUAUUGGCCAAUGGACAACAUGCCCUGCCUCUAUGGAAACCUGUUGGUCACUAUCCAGUCAGAGCAGAAAGAGAGUUGCUGGACUCAACGAGAAUUUACCAUCAGAAAUGAAUCUACCUCAGAGGAGCAUGCAGUAACACACUUUCAUUUCACAGCAUGGCCCGAUCAUGGAGUUCCUAAUAGAACAGAAGAGCUGAUUCAGUUCCGUUGGAUAGUUAGAAAGCACAUUGAGACCUUCCCUUUUAGUGGACCUACAGUGGUACACUGCAGUGCUGGAGUGGGUAGGACAGGUACUCUAAUCGCCCUUGACUUAUUACUGCAGCAGAUGGACAAAGAGGAACUGGUUAACAUUGCUGAUUGUGUACAUGGCAUGAGGCUUAGCCGACCUCUCAUGGUACAGACUCAGUCUCAGUAUGUGUUCCUGCACCAGUGCGUCAUGGAAUCUUUGCAGCCCAAAGAGGAGUCCAUUCCUGAGCCCAUAUAUGAAAAUUCUGAAAUGAUCAUUCCUAAUGCACUGGCUCUACAAGAGUAUAAGGCAUCCAACAAAAGGGUCUAAAACUGUUGAUUGUUUUGCUAAAUAUUAAACUGUAUUUUCAUUGGAAAAUAAUAAUAUGUUGAACUUUAACUUGCUAGUUCCUGGUUUGUGCUUAAUCUGAUCUGCCUAUGUGCCUAUAAAGCAAGCAAGUCUUCAAAAUACAGAUUAGCAUCAAACAAACUACAUACCUAAAUCACCCUCCACAAUUUGAGGUGAGAGAUAAAUUAUAACGUUUUUUGCUUAUUGUUCAAUCAAAAAACAGACACAAUGCAGCAUUAUGCAAUGUUUUAUUAUACAAAUUCAGAAAACAAGAGAAAUUACAUAUUUGAACUUUUUUUUAUGAAUUUAGUAAUAAUAAAACAGCUGUAAUCUUUUUUCACUGUUCCUGAAUAAAUGUGUUCCAAUUAUUAUUAUUAUUAUUAUUAUUAUUAUUAUUAUUAUUAUUAUUAUUAUUAUUAAACUUACUUGAUGAGUCAAAGAUGAUAACAAUAGCAAAUAGUCACAUCAUUUGUACCAAUGUCUUCUAAUGUAUAUUUAUUGUAAUUUGUUUAGUAAUUUGUUCCACAAAAGAAUUUUGUGGAAUUUUUGAGACAUUUAAUGGAAGAGAAAUGUUUUCAAGUCAGUUAAAUAACAUGUUAAUAAACUGAUUUACUCUAAGCUGCAACUGUUUUAAAAGCUUUAUCAAUACAUCGAUAAAUAAACAACUAAAUGCAUUGUG